UUAAUGUAUUUCAUAGAAGGCAUCAAGAAGAUGCAGAAUUCAGAAUUUACAGAGCAAAGGAAUAGAGAAAAAUAGAAGACAAUGUUAGCUCUAUUACAAAAGGUCUAAUCUAAAGUUAAGGAGCUAACAAAGUCCAAAAAAGAUUCAGGGGAAUUGACAGGGGAGAGAUUACUCCAACUACAAAAACUUGUUAAACAUCUAGCCUUAAGAACGUAAUUUGGAGUAGUAAUUCCUUCAAAGCAUCUGGUGUUUCUUUCUGUCCAGACACACCAGAAAAUACAAGCAGGGUGCAGGGAUCAUCUUCCAAACUUUCCUGAUGGAUUUCCCAACCUUCCAUGAGCUCCAGCUAACCAGGACAUCUUUAACACUCUCAGGAAUAACCCAGUCAAGACCAAAAGCUGAGAUGAGCAUGUUCCAUACAUCUGCAACAGCUGUACAAUGUAAAAAAAGAUGUCUAUUGGUCUCUAAGGCAUGUUGACACAUGUAGCAUCUGUUGACUGUGGGGAUGCUUCUUCUGCUAAGAUUGACUUGAGUGAGCAAGGCUUCAUAGAGGGCUAUCCAACUAAAGCAAAUCACCUUUGGAGAUUUCAUCGUAAGGAUGUAUUGGACUUGGAGUGGUCUACUGAUGGUUCUUUUCUAAUUUCUGGUUCUGUUGAUAAUUCAUGCAUCAUAUGGGAUGUCAACAAAGGUUCAGUUCAUCAGAUAUUGGAUGCUCAUUUGCACUACGUGCAAGGUGUGACGUGGGAUCCAUUGUCCAAGUAUGCUGCCUCACUCAGUUCAGAUAGAUCUUGCCGGAUUUACAUCAACAGACCAUCUAAAACAAAAGGAGUUGAGAAGUUGAAUUUUGUGUGUCAACAUGUCAUUAUGAAGGUUGAACCACAACAGCCGGAUGAGUCCAAGUCUACUAAAAAUCAUCUCUUUCUUGAUGAGACACUACCAUCUUUCUUCAGAAGAUUAUCUUGGUCCCCUGAUGGUUCCUUUCUGCUUGUGCCUGCAGGUUCUUACAAGUUUACACCUGCUUCAGAACCAUCGAACACUGCUUAUGUGUUUUCCAGAAAAGAUCUCUCAAGGCCAGCUUUAAUGCUCCCAGGUGCCAGCAAACCUGUUGUUGCUGUACGCUUUUGCCCCAUGACUUUUAGUUUGAGAGGAUCAAGCAAUUCCUCAUUCUUCAAGCUCCCUUAUCGUCUUAUUUUUGCUGUGGCUACAUUGAAUUCUUUGUACGUCUAUGACACGGAAAGCGUACAACCAAUAGCAAUCGUAGCCGGUCUUCAUUACGCUGCUGUAACAGACAUAGCAUGGUCGGCUAAUGGGAAAUAUCUGGCUUUAUCCUCCCAAGAUGGUUACUGCACUCUGCUAGAAUUCGAGAAUGAAGAACUAGGAUCCACUUUAUGUAGCCCAGAGAAAGAAAUUGCUGGAGGUGAUAGAAAUAUUGAGCAGAAACAGGAGGCAAAUGUUCCACAAACUAUUAGCAGUGAUAAGUCCAUGGAUAUAGAUAGUGGAAAAGCAGAAGAGAAAACAGAACUGAAACAAGAACCAAUAAUAUCAACUCCACAAAUUCCUAAUAAACCUACCAGAAAAAGGAUCACACCAAUGGCCAUUGAUUGAUUUUGGUAGUUCUCUGAAAUUCUUGUUUGCUCUUUUUGUUCCAUUUCCUUUUUUUUU